UUACCGUUUACAGGAUUAUCGGCGAGAGAUUUUAUACUACAAUUUCGUCACAAAGUUCUCCUAUUGUUUAAAUUGUUAUUGCUAGAAAAAAAAGUAGUCUUCUACCAAUCUCCUGUUCAACCACUGUGUUCUGCCAUAUUAACUUUAUUAUCACUGUAUCCUGGAAUGAUAGAGCAUGGUUUACAACAGGCAGCUUGUGUCAGACCGUCAAGGCCUAUGUCACCCAUUCCAUCAUUCGACGAAGAUGAACUAUCCAUAAACAGUUUCGACAACAAUAUUUCAUCCACGAAUCACAUACAACAUAACAAUAUUUCAACAAAGGAACACAUUAAUGGUAAUUCAGACAGAGAUAGUGUUUGCAUAAACGAUAAUAAGGCCGUGGAGACGAUGGAGGGUAAAUGCAUGGACGAAUUGAAGGAUAUAAUAGUGCAAAAAAACAAUAAUGAGAACGAGAAUUUGACUAUGAAACCAAUAGAAGUGGACUCGGCGCAGGAAUGCACGGAAUCUUAUUCCGAAGUGUACUCUGCGAAGACGAACGAUAACAAUGUGCACAGGGCGCAAAGUAUAAAUGCAAUAACGUUGAAUACGACUGGGGACACGUUGCCGAGGGAUACGAGCAAUGAUGCUCUUUCUGAUGCUCGGCUAACAAAUAAUAUAACGCAGAUUGCACACGUUAAUCCGGAAUUGUGCGGCCUGCCUUUGAACCUAUUUACAAAGGGUUACCUGUGUCUACCGUACCUGUCUCUACCGUAUUUAGAUCUGCUGGCAGAUAUCAAUGUUAGGGGUUACAUAGUGGGGGCAACAAACAUUUUGUUUAAACAAAAAAAGCAGCUUAUUGAUGUACUUGUAGAGGUGGAGAAUACACGGAUAGAGACGAGCGACCCGGAACUUCGGAGACAGUUACACUUAACGACAGAAGAUCUAAGAUUCGCGGACUACGUAGUGAGACACGUUGCUGAACCACGAAAAGACAUAUUUUUAGACGGAGUAGGCUGGGAAGGUGGCGAUGAAUGGAUAAGAACCCAAUUUCGAGUUUACUUGCUGAGCAUGCUGAGGACGUCGAUGCAACAAGAUACCCGACAAUCCGAUCAUUAUAAUUCUGCUUUUAUUACCGCGUGGCGUUCUACGAACAAUUACAAAAUGUGGUGCAGUUGCGAGAAACCGGAAAUGAAUAAUAUAGAACCUGGACAUCCAUUCGCGGGACAAUUAUCGGUUCAAGAUAUGAAACUACGAUUAUCACAUACAAUGCAGAACACGGAAAGCGGUAGGAAAUUGAAUCAGGCAAUGGCAUCAACCGGAAGAGCAGUCGCAACAACCGGGAAGGCAGUCGGUGGUGCAUUAUCGCAAGCCAAGGGAGCCUUUUCUAACUGGUGGACCACUUUAACCGCAGUUCAACCCGUUGAGGAAGGAAAAACUGCCGACAAUCAAACUUCGACUGUGCACGAAAUUACGAACUUGACUAAUAAAAAUGUUAUCGACGAUGAACAAGUUAGUAGUACGGAUGUAGGAGUGAUUGCAAAUUAAUUUUAAGGGAUUCGAUCAUAUUUUUGAGAGAGUUUAUUUGACAAGAGUGUCAAAUCUUUUGAAAGCCUCAAUUCUAGUUCAGAAGUAGGGGACAUUAAGUAGUUCAGUAGCAAGUAAAAUUCAUAUACAUAUACCGAGUGUUUAGUUAUAUAU